UAGUAGUUACAGCUACUGCACUGCCUUCAGAACCAAGGUCUCAGGUUCGAUUCCCACCUCCGGCUGUAGUACCCUUGAGCAAGGUACUUACUCAUUUUGCCGUUUCAUUUCGCCUUUCGGAGCCAUUUUACGGUGGGUGGUGACGGCGUCCAGUGACUGGAGAAAAACUGGUAAUUCAGCAGCGCGCCGCUUGUGUGUCUUGUGCAGGAAAAGCUGCCUCUCAUCUGUCAGCAUGAACAUUUUCAAGAGCCACAGCGCCGGUGCUAAAGACAACCCCCUGAUGCAGUAUGUGCUCAACCACUCCAUGAGGGAACACCCCGUGCUGAAGCAGCUCAGACUGAAGACAUUUGAAAAUCCCUAUAACUACAUUAUGGUUCCUUGUGAACAAUCUCAGUUCAUGGCCAACCUAGCGAAGCUGAUCAAAGCUAAGAAAGCAAUUGAGAUUGGAGUGUACACUGGGUACAAUGUUCUAAAUAUAGCCUUGGCAUUGCCCGAAGAUGGUUGUAUUGUGGCCUGCGACAUCAAUGAAAACUAUGCCAAUAUUGGCAAGCCUUUCUGGGCAGAGGCUGGCGUUGACCACAAAAUUGACCUCCGCAUACAGCCAGCACUAAAAACACUUGAUGAUCUCCUAGAAGCUGGCGAAGCUGAAACUUUUGACUUCAUCUUCAUCGAUGCUGACAAAAUAAAUUAUGAUUACUAUUAUGAGAAGUCCCUUCAGCUUAUCCGGAAAGGAGGGAUCAUAGCCAUCGAUAAUGUUCUUUGGAGCGGCAGAGUUAUUAACCCAGCAAAGGAUGAUUUAGACACCCAGGCCCUUGAUAAACUGAACAAGAAAAUACAUAAAGAUGUUAGGGUUAAUGUGAGCAUGCUCACUGUGGGAGAUGGUUUAACUUUGGCUUUUAAGUUAUAAAUCAGGCUACAGUGAAAAUCGGGUGGGGAAUCUCCAUUCCAGCAACAUGAAAUCAGUUUUUCCAUUCAAUACCUGAAUAAGAUGUAUCCUUUUUAAUAUUCUGUAUGAUAAUUUGUGUGUGAGUGUCACAGAGAGAGUGUGUUUCACUGAUAUAUGGAUGAGUGACCCAUUGU